GGAGGGACAGUGAGAGAAGUGGGUGGAGAUGGGAUCCUGAGGGAGUGGUGAGGUGUCACAGCAGCACUCUGGUUCAGAGCCUUUUGACGGCGCUGAAGUUAGUGGCAGUUGAACAGAGCUGUUACGUCUGUGUGUGCGUGUGUGUGUGCGUUUCUCUCCACGACUUCUCCCUUUCUGCUCGCCAACUUUGCACCGGAGCACUAUGGGAGUACAGCGGUUGUCGGCGUCCUUUCGGAGGACUUCUAAAGUUCCUGAAGUGUGAGGAUAUUACUGGAGGAGUGAGGUCUGAGGAUCUCCAUGAAGGUAUCAAAGAUGGCGGCUUUGGGAACAGUUCUUGUCACUUUCGCAUCAGUCCUCCUGCAUGUGGCGAGAUGUCAAGGGAGCACAGUGAAAGGAAAGGACAUCUCGCCGCUGAGGUUCACGCAUAAUCUCUACAACGCCACCAUCAAUGAGAACUCCGCCCCGCGGACCUUCGUGGAGACCCCGGUAAAGAUGGGUAUCGAGGUGACGGAUCUCUUCUCGGAAAUCAAAUACGACGUGGUCUCCGGUGACGACGACGGCCUUUUCCAAGCAGAGGCGGUGAAAGUUGGAGAUUUCUGCUUCCUCAGGAUCAAAACCCGCAGCAGUAACUCGGCGCAACUCAACAGGGAAGUCCGAGACACUUACACUCUAACCGUGGCGGCAGCUGAAAAAACUUUUGACUUCCAGGCAAAGACGAAGGUGUUUGUCCAAGUGCUUGAUACCAACGACCUAAAGCCUCUUUUCUAUCCUGCCUCGUACAACAAGGCCAUAAAAGAGGACACUCCAGUUAAGUCAAGUGUCGUCACAGUGAGCGCCACAGAUGCCGACAUUGGGAGCAACGCUCAGUUUUAUUACUUGUUCACCAGCAGAGCUCACCCUUUUGUCGUUGACCCUUUCACCGGCACAAUCGUCCUGGUCAAGAAGCUCAACCACACCCGCACAGAGAAGUACGACCUCACGGUUUUAGCUGAGGACCGGACGAAGAAGAUAUCCGGUAUUCAAAAAUUCGGUAAUGUUGCCAAAGUUACAAUAAAUGUUAAAAAGACGGCCACGGGGUCUCCCGUUAUCAAACCUCUGCUCAGACCGAGGGUAUCUACAGAUGGCAGAAUAACUAUCGAUGUCCACGUGGAGGCAGGAGUUAAGCCUGUGGAAUCCCUAAAUAUUGUCGGAGGUGAUCCACACAAGUGUUUUGAAAUAAUCCCUUUCGGUGUGCAGGGCAGUGAAUUCCAAGUCAUCUCUACAAAGAGGAUUAUGUGGUCUCAGACUCCUUUUGGGUUGAAUCUGUCUCUUCAGGCUAAAGACAGGAGCUCUCCGAGUUUACUCUCGGCAAUUAAGCAAAUCCACGUUCCAGCCUAUAAUUACAGCCCUUUGGCGUUUUUAGAGGACACCUACAUUGUCACCCUGAGUGAGUUUUCACCCCUGAAAACACAUGUUGUUAAGCUUUCGGCCACCUCUGUACCUUACAAUGUCACCUUCAGCAUCAAAAAUAACCUGGACAGCACUAAAUUCAAAAUAGAUCCCAAAACUGGAAUUAUCACAACAACAGGGAAAUUUGACUUUGAGAAAAAAGAUCAAUACGAGUUUGAUGUAGUGGCCAAUUAUGGUGAUGCUGAGACCCACGUAGUGAUUGAGAUAACAGAUGAAAACGACAACAGCCCACAAUUCGCACAAACCUCCUAUCAGGCCACGCUGGACGAAAACUCCCCCGUUGGCAGCAGUGUUUUGAAAGUCUCGGCCACUGACGGAGACAAAGGAAAAAAUGGCUUUGUGACCUUUGCUAUUGCAAACGCGGGGCCUAUACCUUUUGUAAUAGACCCAUUCACAGGUGUCAUCUCUACCUCGGAGCACUUGGACUACGAGCUGAUGAAGCGGAAAUACCACCUGAGAGUUUGGGCCUCAGACAGCGGCAGCCCCUUCAGUCAGGUCAGCGAAUGCCCUGUGACGAUUACCCUGAACAACCUCAACGAUAACCUCCCUCUCUUUGAGAGGGUGGGCUGCAACACCACCGUACCUCAAGAUUUACCCGUGGGACACACAAUCGCUGAGCUGUCAGCCAUCGACCUGGAUGAGCUGCAGCAGUUGACGUAUACCUUUGAGUCGGGGAAUGAGCUCCAGGUGUUUGCCAUUGACUCUGUGUCGGGAGCCGUCACCCUUAAGCAGCCGAUUCCCCUGCAACAGGGAUCUUUCAAUUUGAGAGUCGUAGCCACUGACGGACAAUAUUUCUCAGAUGCUUCGCUUGUUAGAGUAACCGUCACUAACAGAGGCGAUGAUGCAACGCUCCGCUGCCAUGAAACUGGCAUAUUCAAACAGCUGACCAAUAAACUGAUUGAGUCAAUUAAACCCAUUUUAUCCAGUCAGGAGGAAGACACGUUCUCCGAUGUUCACAUCAUCAACCGGCAUUCUCCCAGGUUUGACAACAACAUUGCGAGUUCAAUCGACCUUGUUGAGGACCAUCCGCUGAAUUCCACCAUAAUUCAGUUUAAGGCAACAGACGCGGACACCGGUUUCAACGGUAAGCUGGUGUACGCCAUAUCAGGUGGGAAUGAGGACGGAUGUUUCUCUAUUGACAUUUUCUCCGGUGACCUUCAGUUGGUUUGCCCAUUAGAUAGAGAGAAUAAAGAGUUCUACAUCCUGAACAUCACUGUUUACGAUUUGGGAACGCCGCAGACGUCCGUAUGGAAGUUUGUUGCCGUGAACGUCGUGGAUGUCAACGACAAUCCUCCCGCCUUUGAUCAGCCCAGGUAUGUGAUACGUGUUCCAGAAAACACAGAGGUGGACUCCAUCAUUUUUACGGCUUCGGCGAUAGAUCCCGACGCUGAUACGAGCGGAGGAGUUCGGUACUCCCUGCUGACGUCUACCGACAUGUUCAGAAUCGACGAAGUUACCGGUGAGGUGAUUGUGACGAGCGCUUUGGAUCGAGAAUCCUCACCCAGGCACGACCUCAAGAUAGAAGCCAGAGACCAAGCCAAACCCGGACCUCAGUUGUUUUCCAUGGUCGACCUUGUGGUGGUUUUGCAAGACAUUAACGACAACUCACCCAAGUUUGUACCCAAAGUUUACAAAGUAAAGGUUCCAGAGGACUUACCUGUGGGCACCCUCCUCGUGUGGGUCGAGAGUGUUGAUUUGGAUCUUGGAAGUGGAGGACUAGUUACAUACAACCUCAAGAAUACAGAAGGCGGAAUCUUUCACAUCGACUCCUCCUCAGGUGCCCUCAUCCUGGAGAGGGAGCUGGACUUUGAGAGGCGGCCAGUUUACAACCUGACGGUUCGCGCCGUCGACCACGGCCUCCCUCGCUCUCUCUCCUCCUCCUGCUUUGUAGAGAUUCAGGUCCUGGAUGUCAAUGAGAACCUCCACAGACCCGUGUUCUCAGAGUUUGUGUAUCAAGCGGUAGUGAUGGAGGAUGCAGCAGUGGGGACAUCAGUGGUCACGCUUACAGCGUCAGACAAGGACAUGGGCAGAGAUGGAGUGGUCAGGUACCACAUCAAUGAAGGCUCAGGUCUUGGAGUGUUCGCCGUUGAUGAGGAAACAGGUGUGAUUCGUACAACAAUGGCGUUGGACCGCGAGGCGGCACCUCACUACUGGCUCUCUGUGUACGUCACCGAUCUGGGGGCGCAGCCUCUGAUCUCCUGGACUCACGUCUUCCUGGAGGUCCUGGACGUUAACGAUAACGCUCCGGAGCUUUCCCAGCCGGUGUACUUCGCGUCCGUGAAGGAGAACUUGGACGCUGCCGUGUCCAUCCUCCAGGUGUUGGCCACAGACGUGGACACGUCCUCUGAAGGGAAGCUGUCCUUCCUGAUGGCGGAAUCACAUCGGACGUUUUUUGACGUGGAUCCACAAACAGGUGUUAUCAGCACUCUCUCUGCGUUGGAUCGGGAGGAUAAGUCGGAGCACAGCAUCGAGGUGAUCGUGUCCGAUAACGGAUCACCGUGCCUCCGCUCCAGCGCCACCGUUGUGAUCCGAGUCCUCGACGUCAACGACAACCAACCCAAGUUCACCGACAAGCUCUUUCACGUCAAGCUGCCCGGGCUCCACCGGGGGAGGGGCGGCCAGCGGGAGGUGUGCAGGAUGGUUGCCCGCGACGACGACGAGGGCCCCAACGCCGCCGUGACCUACGAGCUGCAGGACGACAAGGACGAGGCCUUCCACAUCGACCCGGUGACCGGCGAGGUGACGGCGCUCAGAGACUUCUGGCCCGGCAACUACAGCAUCCUGACGAUUAAAGCCACUGACCAGGGCAGCCCGCCGCGCUCAUCAAAGGCCCGACUGGAUAUCGAGUGGAUCGCCCCCCCGCCGCCCUCUGCCGAGCCCAUCACGUUCGACGAGCCCCCCUUCACAUUCGCCGUCAUGGAAACGGAGCCUGUCACUCACAUGGUGGGCAUCAUCAUGACGGAGACGCACCGGCAGAGGUGGUUUGAUAUCAUAGGUGGCGAUGAAGAAAAGGACUUUGACAUCCAGAGGAACACGGGGACCAUCUCCAUCGCCCGCCGGCUCGACGCCGCUCGGCGCUCCAACUACAACGUGACGGUGCGGGUCACCGAUGGCAACCACAGCGCCACCACACAGGCCUACAUCCGAGUGCUGGACAUGAACGAGCAUCGCCCCGUCUUCCUGAAGCCGCUCUACCAGGUGAGGGUUCCCGAGGACACGUCCCCGUGGAAGGACAUCCUGCAGAUCAGCGCGCAGGACGCUGACAUCAACAGCAAGCUGGUGUUCUCCAUCCACAGCGGCCUCCACCCACUCAGCACCAAGCUCUUCCACCUGGACCCCAAGAGCGGAGUACUGGUCCUGACGGAAGAGCUCGACUAUGAGACGAUCUCCGUUCACACGCUCAUUGUCAUGGUGCGUGACCAGGAGAUCCCGGUGAAGAGGAACUUUGUGAAGGUGUUGGUUCACGUUGAGGACUGUAACGACCACUCGCCGGCCUUCCUCAGCCCCCGCUACGAGGCCAGCAUCUCCACCUCGGCCCCGAUAGGCUCUGAGGUGGUCCGGGUCAAGGCCCUCGACAAGGACAUGGGCAGCAACGCCGACAUCAGCUACUCCCUCAACUCCGGGAACAUCGACCACGUCUUCUCCAUUGACCCGCAGCUGGGCUCCAUCCACGUGGUCAAACCUUUGGACCUUCAGCCUCAGAACCGGUUCCACUUGACGGUGAAGGCCACGGAUCAGGGCUUCCCUCAGCGCAGUGACCUCUGCACCGUCCACGUCCUCCUCCGCGUCUCUGACCACACCCCUCCCGUCUUCUCCUCCGAUGAAUACCUCGCAGAGAUCAGUGAACUGAGCACCCGUGGGACGCCGGUGGUCACCGUCUCAGCCGCCAGCCCCGCCGCCGCCGUGCAUUAUGGGAUAGAGGGUGGCAACCUCAAUGGAACGUUCCACAUCAACCCGCUCACUGGGGUGAUUUCGACCCGGGAGCCCCUCGAUUUUGAGAACUGUGCCUCCUACAAGCUCAAAGUCGCCGCCUCCACCACGGCCGGGGCCUCGUCCAGGGCCGUCGUGUACAUCUACGUGAUCGACGAGAAUGACAACGCUCCGGCGUUUCAGCGCCAGGUGUACCUGGGGCAGGUCAGCGAGUCGGCUCACGUGAACAGCAUGGUGAUGGGGGAGAGAAACACCCCUCUGGUCAUCCAGGCCUCGGACGCAGACAAAGAUUCUAACUCCGUGCUGGCGUACCAGAUCCUCGAGCCGGAUGCCCUCAACGUCUUCCGGGUAGACUCAAGCAUGGGCACCAUCUCUUUAAUCUCCCCCGUUGACUUCGAAGGCAAGGCCGAGUACCGCUUCACCGUGCAGGUAAAGGACUCCGGGGAGCCGCCGCUGUACGCGGCUGAGCCCGCCACGGUCACUGUUCGCGUCCUGGACCUGAAUGACUGCCCGCCACAGUUUGACGCCCCCGCGUACGAGCCAUCCAUCAUCUUCCCGGCCGUCAGAGACACGGAGGUGGUGCGCGUCGCCGCCCGCGACCCAGACUCGGCGGUUGCGUACAGCAUCGCCGAGGGGAAUCUGAACGACGCCUUCUCAAUUCAUCCCGACACCGGAGUCAUCACCGUGAGCAAUGUGUUAGAAUUCCGGCCUUUUUACGAGCUGGUAGUCAAAGCGUCCGACGGGCUCUACAAAGACUCGGCUACCGUCAAAGUGAAUGUGACGAACCUCACGGCGAGCGAUCUUGGAUUUGAGCAGACAGUAUAUUCAGCGAAUGUUUCUGAAAACCUAAAGACAGUCAGAACUUUGGCAGUAAUCAAGGCUAAGGGUUGUUUUUUAAAUGAGCCUCUUACAUAUUCUAUAAUGAACCCGGUGGGGAAGUUCGUAAUCUGCCCGACAUCCGGGGUUCUUGAAACAACAGGUAUCCCCUUUGACCGAGAGGAACGGGUGGUUUAUGACGUCCUGGUGAAGGUAGAAGACACAAGGACACCGCCUAGGACGGCAAUCACCCAGGUCAAGGUCUUCAUCGAUGACGUCAAUGACAACGCUCCACAGUUUCUGAACUUGCCUUUUUCAAUGAUGAUUUCCGAGAGCUCUGAACCAGGGGACGUCUUAUAUCAAGCAACUGCCAUCGACGGAGAUCUGGGAGAAAACGGGGCCAUCGUGUACUCACUGGAGGAGGACUACGACCUCUUCAGGAUAGAUCCCGACAUCGGCGACGUGUCCUUCAACAGGCCUCUGGACUUUGAAGCUCUUAGCAAGUACGUGCUGACGGUCGUCGCCACAGACGACGGCGAGCCCGGCCACAGCGCAGCGGCACAGCUCAGCGUUCAAGUGAGGAACCAAACCAACCCGGUUUUCCAGACCGUUCUGUACCCGCUGAAAGUCCCUGAAAGCGUCCCCCCGUUCACCACCAUCUUACACGUGCAGGCCAGGAACCCGGAGCGCUAUCGGCUCAUCUACAACCUCGAAGAGGAAAACGCUUCUUUGCACUUUCACAUUGAUUUCAACACCGGUGCGUUGACUGUCACGGACCCGCUCGACUACGAGAGCCAAACCACGCACGCGCUGACUGUUCGCGCUACCGACUCUGUGACCGGAGCUUUCUCGGAGGCCUCCGUCGAAGUGGAAGUGGAGGACGUGAACGACAACGCGCCAGUUUUCUCUAAGCUAACGUACACUGUGACCGUUGAGGAGGGUCUUCCAAUCGACACAUCCGUGAUACAACUCUUUGCCUCCGAUCGGGACUCUGGCAGAAAUAAAGAUCUAACCUUCCAAAUUGUGAAAGCCGAGGCUAACGAGACAGACUUCUUUGCGAUAGACCCGGUCAGCGGCUUGAUUGUCACAAAACAAGUGCUGGACCAUGAAAACACCAAACACUUUCAUUUUAAAGUUAAAGCCACUGACAAUGGAAGCGUUCCUCUCAGUAGCGAAGCCCAAGUCUUCAUAAAUGUCACCGACGUCAACGACAACCCACCAGACUUUGUGAGCUCCCAGUACGACGUCUCUCUGGACGAAUUGGCAAAGUGUGGCCACGUAGUCAUCAAGAUCCAAGCCUCGGAUCCGGACUCCGUGGACCUGGAACACCUCAAGUAUAAAAUCCUCUCAGGGAACGAAGGCCGCUACUUCAACAUCAACGAGUCUUCGGGGAUCCUCUCCUUUUCCAAUGUCUGCAAGAGGAAUCUGGAUCCUUACUACAACCUGACUGUGGCCGUGUCGGACGGAGUGUUUCGGCAAACGGCCCUGGUGAAUAUUGACAUGAUAAACAGCAACAGGCACAGUCCGCACUUCAAGCAGAGCGUCUACGAAGCCGAGCUGGCUGAAAACGCAGAGUCGGGGACUCGGGUGAUCCGGCUAGCCGCCAUUGACCCCGACGACGGGCCUUACGGCAGUGUCGACUACACCAUCAUAAACAAACUCGCGGAUGAGACAUUUUCCAUCGACCUUGAUGGGCAGAUCGUUACAACGCAACCGUUGGACCGAGAGAACCCGGCCCAGAGGGUCAUAGCCAUCAAGGUCAUGGCUAAAGAUGGCGGCGGGAGGGUGGCCUUUUGCACAGUGAAGAUUAUUCUCACGGACGAGAACGACAACGCUCCUCAGUUCAAAUCGUUGCAGUACCAGGUCUCCAUUCAGUCGACCGUAAAUAUUGGCUCCCCGGUGAUCCAAAUCCUGGCUUAUGAUGCGGACGAUGGGAAAAACGCCGACGUCACCUACACAGUGGAUGAAGCCGACGAGGUGGCAGAGGACGUCAUUGAGAUCCACCCUUUCACCGGGGUCGUGAGUGUCAAAGAGAGCCUCGUCGGCAUGGAGAAUAAGAUCUUCAACUUCCAGGUCAAAGCUCGCGACGGCGGCCUUCCUUUCUACAACUCCACGGUGCCCAUCCAACUCCGAGUGCUUCCCCCUGAGGUCCCUCUGCCGAAGUUCUCGGAGCCCCUCUACUCCUUCUCUGCCGCGGAGGACAUCCCCAUUGGGACAGAAGUGGGCUCGGUGAGGGCGGACUCUGACAUGCCCCUCAUUUACAGCCUGGUGAACGGGAACACAGUGGAAAGCAACAAAGACCGAGUGUUCGGUUUGGACAAAGAGAGUGGAACUCUGCUCUUGCAGAAUCCCAUCGACCACGAAAAGACGAAAUGGUAUCAGAUCGACGUGAUCGCCCAAGGGAGCCACAACGGGACCGACGUUGCGUCGUUGGUGUCGGUCAGCAUUGAGGUCCAAGAUGUGAACGACAACCCGCCGAUGUUUGAGGCGAACCCAUACAGGGCCUACCUGGCUGAGAACAUGCCGGCCGGAACCACUGUCAUUCAGGUGACCGCCAACGACCCGGACACGGACACCAACGGCCGCGUGACCUACAGCCUGGAGCCUCUGCCCGCGGCGGCCGCGGACGCCACCGCCGUCUUCUCCAUCGACGGAGACAGCGGCUGGAUCACCGCCGUGCAGCAGACAGACUGCGAGGCCGCCAGGUUCUACCGGUUCAACGUGGUCGCCACAGACCACGGCGGGGACGUGGCGCUCUCCUCCAGCGUCCAGGUGGAGGUGACGGUGACCGACGAGAACGACAACCCGCCCGAGUUCUCUGACGACGUGUACCGCGGCUCCGUGGUGGAGAACAGCAGCCCCGGCCAGGUGAUCGUCUCCAUGACGACCACGGACGCCGACGUGUCGCUGGAGAACCGCCUGGUGACGUGUUACAUCACAGACGGAGACCCGCUGGGCCAGUUCGCCAUCAUCCAGGAGGACGAGGGCAAGUGGGGUUUGAUCUCCAAAGAAGCCCUGGACCGAGAGACCAGAGUCCGAUACGCGCUCAAGGUCACGGCCACCGACGGGAGGUCGGAGGCUCGGGCGGUCGUGGAGGUCCACGUCCUCGACCUCAACGACAACAGCCCGCAGUGUGACCAGCUGGUGUACACAGAGGCGGUGAUGGAGAACUCGCCCUCCGGCAUGUUCGUGCUGAAGGUGUCGGCCUCGGACCCGGACCUGGGAGCCAACGGUCAGAUCUCCUUCACCCUCCACGGCCACAACGCAGACGUGUUCCACCUGGACCAGCGCACAGGUCACCUGUUCACUCUCGCCGUGUUGGACCGGGAGAGGGACGUGGAGUACAACCUGGUUGCCAAGGCGACGGAUGGCGGCGGCCGGUCUUGUCAGGCCGACAUCCGGCUGACCAUUCAGGACAUGAACGACAACCCGCCCCGCUUCUCCUCCAGCCACUACGAGGUCACCGUGUUCGACAACACCACCGUGAGGACCCCUGUCGUCGUGGUGUACGCUAAGGACCCGGACACCGGUAUAAACUCCGAGGUGAAGUACUCCCUCCUGGCAGGUGACGGCGGCUACUUCUCCCUGGAGGAAUUUUCCGGGAUCCUGCGGCUGGAGCGACCCUUGACCCCCGAAGCCCCGGCCUCUUUCGAGCUGAAGGUGAAAGCCACCGACCGCGGGCUGCCUCGUCACCUCUACUCGGUCGCGGUCGUGACGGUGGACGUGGUCUCCCUGGACGACUACCAGCCCAUCUUCCUGAACUCGGAGUACACCGCUCGGCUCCCAGAAUCCCUGGCGGUGGGGUCGGAGGUACUGAGCGUCUCCGCCCUAACGAGGGAUGGCGGCGGGCCGGAUGCCAUCUUUUACCGGAUCGCGUCCGGCAACGAGUUGGGCUGCUUCCAUCUGAACAGACAGACAGGCCUGCUGACCCUGGCGGCGCCGCUGGACUUCGAGGUUUCCCGCGAGUACUACCUGUCCGUGGAGGGGAGUCGCGGCAAGUCGUCCCUCGGCGAUGUCGCCACCGUCAUCGUCCACGUGACGGACCUGAACGACAACGUGCCGGUGUUCGGACGCGGCGACUACAGAGCCGAGGUACCGGAGGACCUGACGCCGGGCGGCCUGGUGCUGAAGGUGACAGCCAGCGAUCUGGACGGUCCCGUCAACAACCUGCUGCGUUACUCCAUAGUGAGCGGAGAUCCCCUGCAGCAGUUCUCCAUUGACCCACGCAGCGGAGAGAUCACCGUCCGCACCGCGCUGGACAGAGAGCAGGUGCCUCACUACUCUCUGACGGUGCAGGCGGCGGACGAAGGGGCCCCUCCUCUGUCCUCGGCUGUCCUCAUCGCCAUCUCGGUCGCCGACGUCAACGACAACUCGCCCGUCUUCUCCCGGGUCAACCACAGCCUGCUGCUGCAGGAGGGCGAGCCGGUCGGCAGCGGCGUCCUCCAGCUCGUGGUGACGGACAGGGACGCGCCCAAGAACGGCCCGCCCUUCUCCAUCCACAUCGUCAGCGGCAACGAGGACCGCCGUUUCCACGUGGACCAGGGGGGCCUGCUGUCGCUGUCCGCGCCGCUCAGGAGGAAGGUCAAGCCCCACCACCAGCUGAAGAUACAGGUGACGGACAGCGGCCACCCCCCCCUCUCCUCCAUCUGCGUGGUCAACAUCAACGUGACGGAGCAGAGCAAGUACCCCCCCUCCGUCGUGCCCCUGGAGGUCUUCGUCACCACCGCCGGCGGGCCGUUCGCCGGCCGGCUCGUGGGCCGCCUCCACGCCUCCGACCAGGACCCGCAGGACAUCCUCGCCUACCGGCUGGUGCCGGAGCACCCGGCCGGCGGCCCCUUCUCCGUCGACCUCGCCGACGGCAAAAUCUGGGCGGACGAGAACCUGCGGGAGGGCUCCUACUCGCUGAACGUCAGCGUGACGGACGGCAAGUUCAGCGUCUGGACCGGGGUCAGAGUUCACGUGUGGGCGGCGGAGCAGCGGGCGCUGGACUCCGGCCUCACGCUGCGGCUGGGCGGCUUGUCGCCGGAGGAGUUUCUGGGCGACCACUGGAGGGGCCUCCAGCGCAGCCUGGGGGAGGCGAUGGGUUUGCCCCGGCAGGAGCUCCACCUGGCCAGCCUGCAGCAGGCACCCGACGCCCGGGUCCUGGAGGCCCUGCUGGUCUGGAGGCCUCAGAGGGGAGGAGCCAAGGCUCUGCCGACCAGCAGGCUCGCAGGUCAUAUCAUACCGGACAUCGAGGACUCUCUGGGCCUCAGCGUCCUCGGGGUGAGCCACAACGGAUGCUUGGGCGCCGGCUGCCCGCCGCGAGGCUGCAGGAACGCCGUCCGGCUGAAGGCGGAGCGACCGAGCCACUUCACCACCGCCAGAGCCGGUUACAUCACCCCAGGCCACGCCUGGGAGAGCGCCUGCCCCUGCAACGAGUCGGCGCUGAGGUUCGAUGGUAAGUCCUACCUGAGGUUCCUCCACCAGAUGGACGAAGACCGCCACGACUUCAGGCUGGCGCUGCAGUUCAAGACGCUGCAGGACCACGGCCUCCUCGUGUCCGCCAGCGGCGCCCGCGACUGGGGGAGCUUACAGCUGACCGACGGCGAGCUGCUCUUCAGGUUCAGCUGCGGAGGCGCCCCCCCCGGCUCCCUGCGGAUCCGCUCCGACGGGGUGUCGGACGGCCGGUGGCACGGCGCCCUGCUGGAGGUCAACUCCAGCGCCCUGCGGCUGACGCUGGACGGCCGGAGCCCCUCCUCCGCGCCGCUGGCCGAGCCGUGCCGGAUGCUGAGCCGCCACGGCGCCCUGCUCUUCGCCUCCCCGCCGCCGGGGGCCUCGGACCCGCGGCGGAACUUCACCGGCUGCCUGGACGGCCUGGAGCUCGACGGGGCGCCGAUCCGAGCGGACGCCGGGGCGGCGGAGUGGGACGGGCCGGGGGGCCGGCGGGUGUUCGGGGUCUACCGGUGCUGCGGCGGGGCGGGGGCCUGCGAGGGCGACCCCUGUGAGAACGACGGGGUCUGCGAGGACGACGCCAGCGGAGAGCCGCGCUGCAGGUGCGCGGGACUCUUCCACGGAUCCCGCUGCGAGCUGACCGACAACCCGUGUGCCUCCAAGCCGUGUGACCACGGCCGGGCGUGCGUCCCCAAACCUCAGGGAUACAUGUGCAGCUGCCUGCCGGACACACGGUGCCACAACCAGACCCAGUGUUGGCCCAAUUCGUGUCCUGCACGCUAUGGUUGUAAAGUCACCGACGACGGCAUCUACUGCGACCCGCUGCCUCAGGUGUCUCGGAACACCAGCUACUACGUGGAGAUGGUGGGGAUCGGUGCCAGCGUGCUCGGGUUGCUCUUCUUGGUCGGCGCCUUCGUCUGCAUCAGGAAGCGUUACGUCCAGCAGAAGAAGAAGGAACCCGUCCAGGUCUCCAACGGCUACUUCCAACCCAAUCUGACCAGGAGCCUCAAACCCGAGCCCCCCAUGGAGAUGAGCUCGCUGGUGGGUCCCACCAACGACCUCGACCACUCCCCCUUCAGGUCGCUCCGCCCCUGCAGCCAGAUCGUGUCCUCGGGGGGCGAGGUCUACGCCCCGAAGACGCAGGGGCCGGUGGUGUGCAGCGUCGCCCCGAACCUCCCCGCCAGGCCGCCGUCCAGCUCCGACAACGACUCCUUCAGGAAGAGCCGCUGGGACAUGGACUACGAAGUCUACCCGGCGGACCCGGACUACUACGGCCGGCCUCUGGGGCAGGACUUCCCCCGGUUCGACAUCGGGGAGGACGCCUCCGCCACCUCCACCUUGGACUCGCGCCGGAGCUCCCGCUUCGGCGGCUUCCCGUUCCCGCUGGACCGCUGCGACCGCCGCGCCCCCCUGCCGCCCUGCUACAGCAACCAGGACCUGGAGGUCUUCCUGGGCCCCGACGGGCUCCCGCUGCCCAGCUCCCAGUGCCCCAACGAGUACACCGCCAUCAGCUACUACCCCACGCAGCACGCCCGCAGCCUGGACAACGUGUCGGCGGGCUACAAGAGGCUCAGCAUGCGCCUGAGCGUGGCCAUGCCGUCGUACGCCGAGCACGAAGCCCCGCCCCCGCCGCUGCCGCUGGGCCCCCCGGCCCCUCCAGCCCCCUCGGCCCACACCGCCGAGCCUCAGACCAGGAGGGUGGCGAGGCCCAACCAGCGCAGCUACGACGGCUCCAGCCUGGUGGGGAGCGACUACGGGAGCUGCGAGGAGGUGAUGUUUUAGGAACGCGGUCUCUUUAACCCCAGGAGCAAUGUGCGGCCUUUUCUGGGAUCAUUCCCUGCAAACUUUUAACGGUGCCGGGUACAGCCCCCCCGCCCCGCCGCGAGGCAGCUCCGUGUAGCAGCAGCACGCCGCUGCUGCCCCCCGACCGUAUGUGUGUGCGAUGUGGGAGGCAUUAAUGCGCUUACUGUUGCUGUGACAUGGCAGCACAACGAGGAGGGCUGGAUCCUCGCUCAGGAGGCUCGUCAGUGCUGAAGUACGUUUGAACUUUGAGUGUUACUGGUCUGUGUUAUUUUGAUUUAAUCCAACGUGGAGCAGUAGAAAAGUGUUCAUUAAAAAUGAUGUAAAUAUGCAGUGCCUCAGAUGAAAGUUUUGUGGUUUUGGUGAAGAGUUUGUUGAGCAUUAUUCAACGUAUUGGAAGUACUGAAUAAGUAGUCAAUGUGCAGCCUAAAAGCAACAAUUAAACAUUUUGUCAUUGUGUCUUUUAUGAAAAAAGUAAAGUAUCAUUAAGUGAUCAUUUUAAGGUGUUUUCUGCACUCCACCAUCAUAUUAUUUUCUGCCAUCAGAAAUGAGUGAAAUGCAACCACACUAUAAAUAUUAUUACAUUUUAAGCCACUGCUGCUUUCUACCCGUCUUCCUGAGCUUCGGCACGAUUUUUAGAAAAGCUCAACUGAAAGGAUCUAAAGGACAGUAAGAGACUCACCUUCUGCGUUCUAGAAAGAUGACGUUUUACAAACUGCGGCUGAAAUCAGACAUUUAAAAACUAGCGAAAUCAACAUUUACGCUUCAGAAGUUGUGCAUGAAAUAUAAAUUAAUAUUAAUGGGUCCUAAUGUAAAACUGACGGUUUUUCAUCAUAAUUUCAUCUUAUUUAUUUUGUUUUAGUUUCAGCUGAAGAACUAACAUUUCGUUUGUUUCACCUCCCCUUCGUUUCAUUCUGUAAUCGUUGUGUUUUGUGCUGUGAUGGAGAUUUAUUGAUAAUGUACAGGUGUUGUGUUGUACGUACGAUCUUUAUCCACGUGUCGUUUGUGCAGAACACAGCUUGAAUGUAAGUUGCAUUUGCGUUUCAUCAUAAAGUUUAU